AUGUCGCGACUGGGGCUGGAGGCGACGGCCCGGGAGGCGGGGGAGGCGUGCGGGGGCGGGGCGGCGCUGUUCUCCAUCGUGUCGGAGGUGCGGGAGUGGGCGGAGGGCGCGGCGAGACGCGCGGUCGCCGCCGGGGACUUCGCCACGGUUGGGGAACCCAGGGACGACGACGGAGUCGACGAGGACAACGAGGAUGAAGGUGACGGUGACGAGGACGAUGACGACGCAGACGACGACGAGGUCGAGGUCGGGAGGUGGUGGGAGUCCGAGGACACCGACCCGGCGCUCGUCGAGGCCGCGACGAUGGAGGCGCUCGACGCGGAGACGCGGCUGCGGCGCGCGCUGGGCACGGACGCGCCGUUCGUCGUCGGCGCCGGCGGGGGUCGAUGGACGUUCGUCGUCGGCCUCGUCGGCAAACCGUCGGCGGGCAAGUCCACUUUUUUCAACGCCGCCCGCGAGCUGGCCGAGACGGACCGGGGCGCCGCCAGGUGCGCCCCCCACCCGUUCACCACGAUCGAGCCCAACGUCGGUCGCGCGUUCGCGCCCGUGCCGUGCCCGUGCGCCGCCGCGGGGCUCCGCGGGACGUGCGACCCCGCGCACGGGUCGGAGGAUGUCGACGGCGAGCACUGCCGACGGAUACCGGUGCUGGUCAAAGACGUGGCGGGGUUGGUCCCCGGGGCGCACGCGGGUCGGGGCCGGGGUAACGCCUUCCUCAACGACCUGUGCGACGCGGACGUGCUGGUUCACGUCGUCGACGCGUCGGGAAGGACGGACAGGGAGGGCGUCGACCAGGUUGGCGAUUCGGGGGUUAUCGGCGAUUCGGGGGUUGGCGUAGCGGGAGACAUCCAGUGGGUAAGGGAGGAGCUGCACCGAUGGAUCUUCGGCAACGUCCGGCGCAAGUGGCGGACCGUGCGUCGCAGGCCCGAGCGGCUCCAGGACCUGUUCGUGGGGUACCACUGCGUCCGGGCCACGGUGGACGCGGCGCUCGAUCGGAUGCCGAACAACGUCCCGGACCCGAGGGGGGGGAUCACCCGCGAGCGAGCGCUGGCGUGGACGGAGCGCGAGCUCCACCUCCUCGUCGCGCACUUCCUCCGCGUGCGAUUUCCCAUCCUCCUCGCGCUAAACAAGGCUGACGUCGUCGGGGCUGACGUCGGGAUAGCGGCGGUGCGAGCGCGGUGGCCGGGGGAGCCUUCGGUGCCGACGAGCGCCCGGUUAGACCCCGGCGGGGUGCGGAGGGCGCUCAAGGCGGCGGUUGGGCUCAAACCCCCGACGCUUGGUUUCCCCGUGGACGACCUGGACACCGGGGCGUCCCGCGGUGGCAGACGCGGCGGCGGCGGAGGUGGGGUCGGGACGGCGGACGACGCGUCGACGGAACGCGUCGGGUCGUUGCGGGAGUGCGUGGUUCUUCGCCCGGGGAGCACGGCGUGGGACCUGUUCGGGGCGGUCCAGAGCCGGGGCGGGGGCGGCGACACAGGGGGAGGCGACGGGGGUUCGGUCGUCGCGGCGAGGGGCGAGUUCGUCCGGGCGGAAUGCAGGGACGGUCCGGGGGGAUGCAGGCGAAGGUUGAUGCGGCGGGACGAGGCGAUACACGAAGGUAACUGCGUCGUCAAGUUCUACGUGAACCAGAAGGCGAGCUGGCAGGGGAAGAAGAAAUAG